AAAUAUGACAAUUAAAAAUUUGACAUUCCGAUUUAGCUUUGCUGUGUCAUUUGGAUUUUGUAGUAUUGUUGCGGUACAAGGAUUGUAGAAGUUAAAAUAACUAAAAGUAAUUGGCGAAAAUGGCUUCUGAACGCUAUAGUUUCUCAUUAACUACUUUUAGCCCGUCUGGUAAAUUGGUGCAAUUAGAAUAUGCUUUGGCAGCUGUUGCUGCUGGCGCUACAUCAGUGGGAAUAGUUGCUUCGGAUGGUGUUGUUAUUGCUACUGAAAAUAAGUACAAGUCGCCUUUAUAUGAAGAACAUAGCGUUCAUCGUGUUGAGCCAAUCACUGAUCAUAUUGGCAUGGUGUACUCUGGGCUAGUACCAGAUUAUCGCCCACUUCUUAAAAGAGCUCGUAAAAUGGCUCAACAGUACUUUUUAGUCUACAAAGAGCCUAUGCCAGUAUCGCAAUUAGUUCAACAAGUUGCUAAUGUGAUGCAAGAAUAUACACAAUCAGGAGGUGUGAGGCCGUUUGGUGUAUCUUUACUGAUUUGUGGUUGGAAUAAUGGAAAACCCUACCUAUUCCAAUGUGACCCCACUGGUGCGUUUUUUGCGUGGAAAGCUACUGCCCUCGGUAAAAAUGCACAAAGCUGUAAAACAUAUAUGGAGAAAAGAUUCAACUUACAAUCAAAUAACUCUGUUUCUCAAUCACUGGAUGAUGCAGUAGUCGAUGCCAUGCGCACGUUAAAAGGUGGAUUUGAAGGCGUAAUGACUAAAGAUAACAUAGAAGUAGGAAUCUGCACCGAAAAGGGAUUCAGACGUUUAACACCCACGGAAAUCGAUGACCACCUAUCUAAUGCAAACUAAGUUUGCAGAAAACUCAAAUUUCCCAACAUUAUUUUUUAAUAAAACGUAAUUUAAAUAACCACGACAGAAAAAUAAAAUCGGUUACAGUAUA